GCUUACCCAUGUGCGUACAGUCAGCGGGACCUCAAACAUUUACUGUCUUUGCCUUUGGAUCAAGUUUUGGGAGGACAGAUAGGACUUUAACGGUAUUUUGUGAUCUUUGUGAGGUCAGAAGAGCCUUUCUUCACCUCUAAUAUGUGGACAUUUACUAACAUGCACCAACACAAGUUAGUGCUGUUUCUUGGGAGGAGGGGACUCUACAAACCUGGAGGAGUCUACUCUGUGGUAGCGUAUUAUCAUGGUACAGGAAGCCUUCUGUGUCCAGGGAAGAAUAGCAUCAACCCUGCAGUGAAAAGAAGACACAGGGGAUCAGAUCAGCAGAAACCUUUUGGAUCUAAGGGGUGGCACGUCCAUGGCAAGUCAAUUCAAAAAGUGUGGAAAAAUGAGAUGCCACUGUUGAAGAAUCAGAACCAUAGAGAAGGCAGCAGAGUCUCAUCUGAACUCCAGAGACUGUCUCUGGAGGACGUCACUACUGCACAGAUGGAGAAUCUACAAACACAGAACUCAGCAGUGGACUCUAAAGGGCAGAACUAUGAGGUUGUUUUUGGUGUCUCUCCUUGUCUCUUGGCUGUUAUUCAGGGAAGAAGAAAGAUUUAUAGGCUUUAUGUGAAAGAUGGUGAGACUUCACAUAGAGCUUCUGUUGUAAAAGUGUGUGAGGAGGCUCACAAGCGAGGGGUGCCAAUCCAACGGGUCAGUAAAAAAGAUCUGGACAAAAUGUCAGGAGGGCGUGUACAUCAAGGAGUGUGUCUCCAAGCCAGCCCGUUGUAUUAUCUGAAAGAGGAGAGAGAAUUGAGGCUUAAUAGAAAAGACCAAAACAUCCCUCUGUGGCUCGUUCUGGAAGCUGUUCAGGACCCAAUGAACCUGGGAGCCAUUCUGCGCUCAGCCUAUUUUCUCGGUGUGGACAGAGUUGCCAGCAGUGUUUCCCACAGCUGCCCAUUGUCCCCUGUGGUCAGCAAGGCCAGCUCAGGUGUCAUGGAAGUGAUGGGAGUUUAUGGAUAUGGCAACCUUGAACAUAUGCUGAAAAUGAAAGCGGCACAGGGCUGGGAAGUUGUUGGUACAGUCGGAGCGGAGUCAGUGGAGUCCCAUGUUUCCAUCACCCAGUGUUCAGAAUUUGAAAUGACCAAACCCACAUUGUUGUUGAUUGGUGGUGAGGGGGAAGGCUUGUCCCGGAGGCUGCUGUCUCUGUGCCAAACCCUCAUCACCAUCCCAGCAGGCAGAGAACUGUGUUCUGGAAUAGAAUCACUCAAUGUGUCUGUAGCUACAGGUAUUCUGCUUCACUCUCUGCUGUUUUCCAAGAGAUGUAACAGAUAGUCACCAACACUGCAAGGGCUAAGCUUGCAAUCCUUUAGCCUCAUGAAUAGAUUCUUGAUAUGAGUACAUUUUAUGGCAUUUUUUUAUGUAUGAUUAUGUAAUUACCUCCGCCAAGGAGGUUAUGUUUUUGCCAGGGUUUGUUUGUCUGUCUGUCUGUUUGUUUGUCUGUCUGUCCGUUAGUG